AUGUCCAUUUUCAAAAUGGCGGGAGUAGGAGAUCACAACCGGUCGUUAAAAGAAGCUCUCAUUGAAAGUCUAAACUCAAUUCUGUCUCCAUUACAGAAUGUACGGGCUUCUGGUGAAGAACAAAUCAAAGCUCUCGAGGUUACUGAAGAGUUUGGUGUACAUUUGGCUCAGCUUACAGUUGAUCCUCAGGGUCCCCUUGCCAUCAGACAGCUGGCGUCUGUGUUACUGAAGCAGUAUGUGGAAGCCCAUUGGUCCCAGCACUCUGAAAAGUUUCGUACGCCAGAAACUCCUGAAAAUGCAAAACAACAGAUUCGUCAGAUGUUGCCAAUGGGGUUAAAGGAGACAAUUAGCAAGGUUCGUACCAGUGUAGCUUAUGCUAUAUCAGCUAUUGCACAUUGGGACUGGCCUGAGGCAUGGCCACAACUCUUUCAAAUCCUGAUGGAAGCACUGACUAGUGGUGACCUUAACACAGUCCACGGAGCGAUGAGGGUGUUGACAGAAUUUACACAAGAUGUGACUGACACACAGAUGGGACAAGUAGCACCAGUCAUUCUUCCAGAGAUGUACAAAAUCUUUCUGCAAGCUGAGGCAUUUGGAAUACGAACAAGAGCACGGGCUGUCAACAUUUUUAAUGUGUGUGCUGCCAUGAUUGCUACGAUGGCAGAAGUACAUAAGGGAUGUGCUAAGCAGAUGCUGUUUCCCAUUGUACCUCAGUUUACAGAGGCAUUGAUUCAGGCUCUACAGGUACCUGAUGGUCUGACGUCAGACAGUGGACUCAAAAUGGAGAUCCUUAAGGUAAUAACAACACUUGUGAAAAGCUUUCCAAAACUGAUGUCCCAGUGGCUGGCACAGAUUCUCCCUCCGAUCUGGUCCAUAUUCACACAAAGUGCAGACUUUUAUGUAAGGACAGUAGUCAACAACAUCGACGAUGCAAAUGACCCAGUGGAUUCAGAUGGUGAAGUGCUGGGUUUUGAGAACUUGGUGUACAGCGUAUUUGAGUUUGUACAUGUGUUGAUUGAAGUUCCCCAGUUUAGAAAAACCACUGUGAAGAAAUCUGUUGAUGACAUCAUCUACUAUGUGAUUUUCUAUAUGCAAAUGACUGAAGACCAGGUACAAUUAUGGACAAAUAACCCAGACCAGUUUGUUGAAGAUGAAGAUGAUGAUUCAUUUUCUUAUUCUGUGAGGAUAUCUGCACAGGAUUUGUUGCUGUCCUUGUCAAGUGAAUUCCGUACAAUAAGUGCCCCUGCUCUGUGUAAUGCCAUCACAAGACAUCUACAGAAUGCUGAGGUUAUCAAAAACUCCGGAAAUGAAAACUGGUGGAAACUCCACGAGUCGUGCAUGUUAGCAAUGGGAAGUGUGAUGAGUCUCGUAGUGGACAUGGUACAGUCGGGCAAGGUUCAGUUUGACAUCACAGGAUUCCUGCAGUCAGUUGUUCUCACAGAUAUGAAUUACUCAGUUUCAUCAUUUUUGGUUGGAAGGUGUCUUUGGACAGCCAGUAGAUACACAGAAGUUAUGACCCCAGAAUUAUUACAAAGAUUCCUGCAGUCAACCAUAGGUGGUCUCCAUGCUACCCAGCCAGCCACCGUCCGGAUAUCAGCAAUCCGUGCCAUCUUCAGCUAUUGCACUCACUUCAGAAACAAGAAUGACACCCAGCUGUUACUGCCAUUCCUACCUAAUAUAGUGGAGGGUCUUAUAUCCAUAGCGACGCAAUAUUCCUCAGAUGUACUCUCUCUGUGUUUAGAGACACUUUCAGUUGUACUUUCGGUGGAUAAAGCGUUCACAGCAAGUGUAGAAAGCAAGGUGACACCUUUAACAAUAGCCGUCUUCCUCAAAUAUUCUGGGGAUCCUGUUGUUGUCAGCAUAGUACAUGACAUUUUCAAAGUGCUUGCUGCCAAUGAGGACUGUAUAGGUCCAUUAGAACAUAGACUACUUCCAACCCUUGUGAGCAUAUUACAGUCCCCAGACAAAGUACCAGUCAGUUUGCCUGUGGAAUCAUUGGAUGUGUUGGAGACAAUGUUGAGAAGCUGCCAAGCACCUCUCUCAGAAGUCAUGAUCAAAUCUGCAUUUCCAGCAGCAGUCCACUGUACCCUUCAUUCAGAUGACAAUGCCACCAUGCAGAGCGGAGGUGAAUGCUUACGUGCUUUCGCAUCAGUUGCCAUGGAACAAGUAGUGGGUUGGCAUGAUGAUCAAGGACACAAUGGCCUGUACUACAUCAUUCAAGUGAUAUCUAAAUUGUUAGAUCCAAAGACUUCAGAACAUACUGCAUCCUUCAUUGGUCGCCUGGUGUCGGUGGUACUAAUUGGGGUGGGAGCAAGCCUAGGAGAAAACCUGGACUUAAUGUUGAGGGCUGUCCUUAGUAAAAUGCAACAGACAGAGACGCUCAGUGUAAUGAUGAGCCUGGUGAUGAUAUUCGCUCAGCUGAUGAAUACACAGAUGGAAGCUGUGCUAGAGUUUCUAACCAGUGUUCCCGGUCCAACAGGAAAGCCUGCAUUGGAGUUUGUACUUGGUGAAUGGUGCUCCAGACAGCAUCUGUUUUACGGUGCCUAUGAGAGGAAGGUUUGUUCCGUUGCCCUGUGUAAGUUAAUGCUGCAUGCGAUCCAGAACAAUGACACUCGACUACAGGAGAUCAUGGUUCAAGGUGACCAAAUUGACACACCAGCCAAAGGGGUUCGCACACGUUCUAAAACUGCCAACACACCAGUCCAGUGGACCACAAUCCCAGUGUUGGUGAAAAUCUACAAGCUUCUUAUCAAUGAGCUUUCCAAUCAGAUAGAGGCCAGUUUGUCUAAUCAGGCAUCAGGAGGGGAUGAUCUAGACGACGAUGAUGAAGGUUGGGAUGAUGAAGAUGAUGAUGCAGAUGAUGAUGAGUUGGUUGAUGAAUCUGCUUUGACUGGUCAUACAUUAUCCAGUCUUAUAGACCAGUUCGCAGGAGAAUUUGAAGGCUACGGAGCUGAUGAAGAAGAAGAGGAGGAUGACCCAGACCAGAUUAAAGAUCCUACAAAUCAAAUUGAUUUGCAGGCCUACCUGACAGAGUUUCUGCAGUCCCUGUCACAGCAGCCUUGCUAUAGUAUGUUUACUGCACACCACUCCGAGUCAGAGAAACAGGUGCUCCGUACCAUCAGCGUCAACACGUGACAGGUGUUGGGACUCUUACUGUGAUUUUAUCUGAAAAUCUUUACACUUCAUUUUCUUGGAUUUUGAUGUUUGUGUGUAUACGAAUACAGAAUGGGUAUCACCAUUCAAGAAGGUAGACUGUAAUGAUUUUUAUGGACAUUGUGCAAUGGAAUUUAUGUCCUUUCACUGUGAUUUUAGCGUGGAUUUUAAGGCUUAUCAACAGCAUUAUAACAUGGAAAACGAACUCUCUAGCAAUAGUGAUUUCCUCAGUUUCUUCAAGUCUGAUAUAUUGGUUAUGGUUGUGUACCCCCUGUACUUGCUGUUUCUGUCUUAUUUUACUGUAACAAAAAAUCCUGCUCGUGUCAAUUGUCUGUGUUGGAAUCUCGUUAAAACAAACUUCAUUUCUGUUCUACAAGUCUAACUGAUCAUUCUGGAUUAAUGAUAGAUCAGUGUAUCUUGUCUUACAUUCAUGAUCAUUACUUGGCACCAUGUCAUGAUUUUUAUAGACUAAUGGCAUGAUUUUACGAAGAUGUUUUUAUCUUUUUCCCUCCCUAUUUUAAUAGUUCAGUUUGUUUAGAUGUUGGGUAUGGUUGCGAAAUUUUGGGCUAGUAAAAGAUUGGAGUUCGUGUAAAAGACUAUUUCUUAAAGGUAAAUAAAAUGUUAGGGUAUUAUGUCUUCAAUUCGAAUUAAAUGCUAGAUUUGCUCUGAGACUAAUUAAUAGCUUCUGGACACUUGUGAUGAAAUAGUCCUAAAUGUUCACAUUUUAUUGAUUGUACAUUUUAUCUUGUUAAAAAUGGAUUGGAUUUUGAAUUGAGCUGAUAGAAUAUUGAAACAUCAAAUUAAAGAGGUGUGUUAUUUAUGCUUGUUUACAUUGAUAUUGUGCCACAGUAAGUUGACAAAUUAAGAGUAACAAGUUGCAGGCUGGUUGACUUCUUACACUUGAGUAUGACAACUAUUGGAUCCCAAGGGAUAACUGCCAUUGGGCAAACAUGUAGUCCUGUAAAUUAUCAGUACCAGACUGGUCAAAGAUUUAGUGAAAGAUCAAAGGUCAAUAGCUUCCUCUUGUUAAAAAAUUAUUACCAAAUUUUAAUACACAGCUUUUAAUAAAAACCAUUGUCUUGUAUACUGUUAAGCCUUUUGUUUUUAACGGAAGUUCUCGGUUAUGUCGAACUUAGCACAGCUGACUAUGAAAUUCCUGUUGAAUACACAAUUUUGGUCAGUAUCUUUUAUUUAUGGUUAUAAUGAAUAGGCAAUUCAUUUGAUGAAGCACUGUAAAGUUUAUUUAAAUGUAAAUUUUAUAAAAGUUAAAUUUCUCUUUGUAAAUCAUGUUGUUAUUGAAAAUAUUGAUGUUCAUAGAUAUUUUCAUAACUUCAAAAUGUUUGUUCCCACCUGUUUUUAUCUCCCUUUAACUUGCCUUACUGCAAUGUUUUAAUCGUCUUUGUAGUUUGUGUACCUUGUAUCUGAUGUAUGUGCUCGGAGAUUCUAUUAUUUAUUAAAACAUGCGUCAUACAUGUC